CAUAAUCAAUUCGAAGAGGAGUGGUGGAGAAUUGGUGUUUCAAUCUAGUUGGGCCGCAGAGUUGAUCAUACAGAUUUCUGGUCUUCUUGGACUUUUCACUUGCUUGUAGUCGACGCAACCUCACCACCAAGCCUCCGUGGCUGUCAUCGCCUUAACUCACCUCCACCGACGAUCGUUUUCACUGUAUCAAGUCUGUUUGGUCUUUGCAACUCUCUUUGUGGGGUCGUUACUGGGUUAAAGUUUGUUGGGUUUUUUAUUUAGUAUUUUGCAAGAAAGGUGUGGUUUGUUGGUUGUGCUGCAUUUUGUCUGAAGUGCGUUAUGCCCAAGGAGACCCAUUUUUUGGUGGUGUGCGCGGCCAUGUGGGCGUGUCUGUUCUUUGAUUGAGAUCUGAACCUACGUGGUGGUGAUUUUGGUAUUUGAAUGGUGGGUUGUGUUCAGAUUGAAGGAUAAGCAGCUGGAUGAUUUGCAGAAAUGUUCUUGGGUUUAUACUAAAGCCGGUGUUUAUAUUAAAGUCAGCGUGUAUUUCUGGCAUUAAUUUUUGAGAGGGUAUCUGUGAUUUUCUUGGGAAUGCAUAGAUGGAGGGAAAACAAAAUAUCUCUCAGUACAGAGAGAGGAUGGACAAGACUCUAGCUUCUCAUGAUCUGGUAAAUGAGGAGGCACUUAAAGCCAUUGUCAAGAAUCAGCUUCUGCGUUCAUCAGAGCAUGACUUUAAAGGAGAUUUUGAUAAUGUGUUAGAAAAAAGAACAAAGCAAGUAUCAAAUUUUCUUGAAAUGUUGAGGAGCACUUCCAAAAUUGAUAAAGAGGGGUCAAAAACCAGCGAGCCACCAAAUGCUGGAUGGAAAUUAAAACAAGAUAACAAAGAGUACCGUGUUAUGUAUAGAGAAGGACCCCAAGGCACUCCUUUUCAUUCAUUACUUGUUGAAGGCUAUAUAGAUGGGGCUGUAGAUGUUUGUUUAUGUGUGUCAUGGGAGGCAUCCCUUUACAAGAAAUGGUGGCCCCAGUUUACCAUUCCAACUUUCAAAGUUGUCACUUCUAAAUGUUUGCAAAAGAUACGAGUUGGUGAACAGAUAUCUUUAGUCAGGAUGAAGCUUUCAUGGCCACUAUCAGCUAGAGAGGCUGUUGUACACUACUUUGAGGUUGAGUACUUUCAAGAUGGUCUGAUCAUUGUGCUUCUGAACUCGAUCUCCGACUCAGAGAAUUUUGAUGAAAGCACUUAUGGAUUGACAGAUGACGGGACACCGGAACUAAAGGAUACGGUAAGGAUUGAUGUGGUUGGAGGUUUUGCUGUACAACAGGUGACCCCAGAUAGAAGCUACUUUAGGACAAUAGCAAAUAUGGAUAUAAAGCUGGACUUUGUUCCUCCAUCACUAAUUAACUUUAUUUCAAGGCAGCUCGUGGGCAGUGGUUUCAGGCUCUAUCAAAAGAUAGUUUCUUCUGCAUCUGAAGGCAAUGAAGAUUUCCAUGAGGCUUUGGGGGAACCACUAUAUACUCGAAUACGUGAAGCUCUGUGUUCAAAUGCAAAACCAACAGAAGCCCUGGGACUGGAAGAACUCAAGAUUGAUGAUGCAUGCACUCAUGCAGAGGAGUAUCUGGUUGAAACUGUUCAAGCAGAUGUGAAGGAUAUCAAUCAGAGGAUUCUCAGAGAUGAUCCUGCAGCUGAGUCUCCAUCAGAGUCUUCCCCAGUUGCAGAAGAGAAAACUUUUUGUGAGAUUCAGGAAGAAGAGACUGAAGAAGGGGGGCACUUGAAGGGGGAUAACAAGGGAGUAGAUCCACCUCCAAUUAGUCCAGGUGUAAUGAAGGAUUGCAAUGGAAUAGAUCUUGCUCCAAAAGAUCAAAUGGCAGAGAAAUGUCCUGUAAAUGAUAAGGGUGUUUGUGUCAGUCCUAAGGUGGAAGAAGCUCUAGGAACAUUGGAGGAGAUCAUUUCUGUGAUUCGGGGAUUUGGGCAUGAUACCCAAUCCAAAUUCUUGUCUAUCUUUGCUAAUGAAGGUUCAAAUUUGGAGAAGGAUGCCUUAAAGAGGACAAUAUCGUCAGCUGAUGGUAGAGUUCAUUCAAAUGGUGAGGUCUGUGUUAAGCCAUCUGAAAACGGAACUGUGGAGAGGACCUCGGUUGAACCUAGGAACAGUCCUGGCACUCAGAACUCCAGGUAUACAGGAUCCAAUUCUCAGUCAAGGGAAGUAAAUCAUAACAGGAUCGCACCAGCAUCACCAGAACAAAAUCUCUUGAGUCCUUGUGAGACUCAACAGGUUGCUUUGCAUCUUUCCAGAAAUGAGGUAAUGGAAAGACCCAUGUUGAAAACUAGUGAUAAUUCUGAGGCAAAUGUUAGUGUAGAUGAAGGGCAGAAGUUGAACCGGCAGAAAAAGCGUGGGUUCUGUUGCUUCAACUUCAUUUCUGGUUGAUGACUUCAGAGAGAAGGUUGGGGUGGUAGAAAAACAUAUGCUCUGUUGCCUACACAGGGCUUCAUCCCCAUCGGAUUUUGUGAAAUUAAAGGGUCUUGCUGUCUACUUGUAGUAUUAAACCUUGAUUCAUUUCUUUUCAUACAUACAUAUAUACAUAUUUUCAAUAAAGAUGUACCGAUAAGUAAAAAAAUACAUACAUUUUGAUUGUUUACGUACCAAGUGAAAGCCAUGUUAGAAUGGAUUCUAUGGAAAUGGUUGUUUGUUGUUAUA